CUUUUUUAUCUCCCGGCUUUCAAAAUGUCUUACAUCAGGAAGUUAGCUAAAUUACAAGAGAAAGAAGCUCAACAAAGGGCCGCUGAAAAGGAAAAAACUUCAGACGAAACACCUUCAAACAGUUCUAGGGAACAAAGCCCACAACCAACUGACUUCCAGCAAGAAUCAUCCCUUGGUUCGUUAGACUACGAAGCUGUUACAGACGCGACUGAAAAUGUUAAAUCCAGUGGCAAAAAAUCAUACAACCGUUGGUCAGAAAAAGAAAGAUUUGAUAUCGGAAAAUAUGUUGCGAUUCAUGGUGGUGCGGCUGCAAUCACAAAGUUUCAAACCAAAGACAGGCCGUUAAGUGAGAGUACAGCUCGAAGAUUUGGCAAUCUUUACAAAAAAGAGCUGAAAGAUUCAACCCGAGAAAAACGUAGCGUGGUAACCAAAUUUGUUCCUUUGAAACGCGGUAGACCUCUGUUCCUUGGCAGUCUAGAUGAGAUGGUACAAAGAUUUUUAAUUGCACUGAGAAAUCGAGGAGGUGUUGUUUCAAGAACAGUUGCAACCGCUGCAGCGAAAGCUCUAAUAUCACGAAACCCUCAAUUUGAGUUGGGGCAUAUUAAAAUUGAUAACAGUUGGGCAAAAAGCCUCUUCAAGAGAAUGGGUUUCAAGAAAAGAAUGAAAACGACCUCCAAAGUUGAAAUCACUGAAGGAGCCAAAAAGGAGUGCGAAUUACUAUUUCUUCACGAUAUUGUUUCGACCAUCGAACAACACAGCAUCCCUCACCAACUUGUUAUGAAUCUGGACCAGACACCUCUUAAGUUUGUUCCAAGAAUGAAUCACACCAUGGGAUAGCUUCAUCAACGUGCGAGUCGAAAAUGACGAUGACAAAGAAGAGGAGUACACGCGUGACGAGGAUGACAUAGACUUUAGUCGGAAUGCAUUUGACAUUAUCAUAGACGAUGAAGAAGAGUAGAUUUUUAGUAUUUGUUUUAAAAUUCUUUGCUUUGUAAUGCUUAUUUCUACAUCUUUACCAAAGAAAAUUUUCGUUGAAAUUUGAAAAAAUCCU